AAUCAAAAUGGAGACUGGUCUAGUUAUCGGAAUUGUGACAGCUUUUUGGUUUUUUGUAGGAGCUGUGCUCCCAAUAAUACUUCAGUUUUUCUUAUGGAGAUCUCCCAACAAAGGAAUUUAUCAGAUCAUGUUGAUUUUAACUGCUGUUUGUUGUUAUAUAUUUUGGUUAACAGCUUAUUUAUGUCAAUUAAACCCAUUAUUUGGACCACAGUUAUCAGUUGAUAUGAUUAGAUUUAUGCAGCAAGAAUGGUGGAAUGAUCAGUCAGUUUGAGUUAGCAGUAAAAAAAAAAACAAAUUUAAGAAUUCCUGCAGUUAAAAUAAAGUUAUUAUUUCUUAUAUUUAAUACCUCUGUAUAUUCCUGUCAAUAGUCAAUAUUAGAAUGAAAAAAAAUUGAACCCCAUAGAAUAUCUUCUCUAUAAUAUAAAGGUUUAUAUCAGAUGGCAUUUGUAGAUUGUAGACAAUGUGGAUGCACUACUUGUCAAUGUUUUGUUAGUAUGGAAUAUUUAUAGUUAUAUACACCCACCAGAAAUAUUUAGUUAGAAUAGCAGUUUGUCUCCUUCCUUUGAAAUAAAAUAUCAGGUGGUAUUAUCUAUUAAGGACAGGGUGUUUUUCAUUCAGAACAAAAUUUAACUUGUAUGAUUAUGUGUAAAUGAGUAUGUUUUAGUUAUGUGUAUUGUCCUAUGUUAUUAUCAUGGCUGUGACAAAUCUUACGUUAUCUUUGAUGUAAUGUGAACAAAUAAAUUAAUGUGUAACAGG